ACUCCUUUCUACUGGGUGCUCCACGUGGCUCCGGCGCUGUGAUCGCGAUGGAAGGGCCGGUGGCGGCAAAGGCGCCGCCGCCGCCGCCGCAGAAGCGCUUCUACCGGCAGAGAGCGCAUUCCAACCCGCUGGCGGAUCACACGCUGCGCUAUCCUGCCAAGCCUGAAGAAAUGGACUGGUCAGAGAUCUACCCGGAGUUUUUUGCCCCUUUAACUGCAGACAAUCAACACGAUGACCUGAAGGAUGCAGAAGAGAGAACUAAGCCUGCGUCUCAAGUAGAGUUUGCUGAUAUCGGCUGCGGUUAUGGGGGAUUGCUUGUUGCGCUGUCUCCCCUGUUUCCCAAGACUUUGAUGCUGGGUCUGGAAAUCCGAGUGAAGGUCUCCGAUUACGUGCGGGACAGGAUCCAGUCCCUGAGAGCAUCUCACCCCGGGCAGUUCCAGAACAUCGGCUGCAUCCGCAGCAAUGCCAUGAAACACCUGCCCAACUUUUUCCGCAAGGGGCAGCUGCGCAAAAUGUUUUUCCUCUUCCCCGAUCCUCAUUUCAAGAAGACGAAGCACAAAUGGCGGAUUAUCAGCACCACUUUGCUGGCAGAAUACGCCUAUGUACUGCGCGAGGAGGGGCUCGUCUACACCAUCACGGAUGUGGAAGAGGUCCACAGGUGGAUGGUGAAACAUUUCAAGGAACACCCGCUUUUUGAGCAGGUGUCCUUGAAAGAACUGGCGAGUGAUCCUAUCAUCGGUCUCCUGGACACCUCAACUGAGGAAGGGAAGAAGGUCCAGAGGAAUGGAGGCAAGACCUUCCCGGCUGUCUUCCGGCGCAUCAGGGACACCACAGAGGAACAGGAAGCGGCAGGAUCAUGACCGGGGAAUUUCCUGGGGCCUGAGAAAAUUCACGUCGUCCCAACCCGUGUUUCGAAAGGGAGGUGUUGGGGGCAGGGAUUGCAUCAAGAAUGGGACGGACUCGACGCCUCUGGUCACGCUGGGGUCAGCCUUCUAUUAACACAGCUGGGGAUUCCCCUUCUGGGGUAAAUCAGCUAAAUGGUUGAGUAAGGGAUUGCCUGGUUUGUUUGCUUCUUGUUUUGCCCGUAGAAGGACCGGGGUGCAUUGUCCCAGCAUCAGCCCCACGUAGCAGGAUGAGUGAUCCCGGGAGUUGCCUCCCACUCCAUUGAACCAUCAAUCACUUUCAUUUUGUGAAUGAAUAAUAAACAGGAAGAAAGAAAUAU